AGAAGUGACCACUCGUUCUCCCUGGUCCCUGACAUAAGGACAGAGUACCUGGAGCUGCGCUUACAGUGGAGUCCCACCGUGAGCGCGGACUUCCAUUCCCGCGGACCCCAGGUCGCUCAGUCGCAGAGGCUCGCGGUGGAGGACAGCCUCAGGAGGCCGGCGCCUCCCGGAGGUGUUUACCGUUGCCCGAGGAGACGCGUCCGCGCCGCCCGCCGGCUCAGCGCGCCGCUGCGCUCGGGCACCCGGAGUCCUGCCAUGAGCCGCCGCGGCUCCUCCGGCUCCCGGAGCCUGGACGCGACCAGCCACGCCGCGUCGCCAGCGCCCGAGGAAACUCGUGAUCAUUCUUUGGAAGUCCCUGUCUCUCGGGAGCAAUUAAACCAUUAUCGGAAUGUGGUUGAAAAUGUUCGAAGUGAACUCGCCGCAACUUUGGUCAAAUUUGAAUCCGCGCAGUCCGAGCUUCGAGACCUGCGCUCCAAGAUGCUUUCCAAAGAAGUUUCCUGUCAAGAGCUAAAGGCUGAAAUGGAGAAUUACAAAGAAAACAAUGCCAGAAAAUCAUCUCUCCUCACCUCUUUGAGGGACAGAGUUCAAGAGCUAGAAGAAGAAUCAGCUGCACUUUCUGCUUCUAAAAUCAGAACAGAACUCACAGCUCACGCUGCAAUCAAGGAGAAUCAGGAGUUAAUGAAGAGAGUUGUGGAACUAGAGGAGAAAUUACAAAAAUGUUCAAAGGAAAAUGAGGAAAACAAGAAGCAAGUUUCAAAUCAUAGCAGGAAACACGAAGAGUUUCUAAUUCAACUUCAUGAUUCCUUGGAUCCUGACAAGAGGAGCGAGAAGGCAUCGGAAGAAGAUUUGAUUUUAAAGCUUAGAGAGCUGUGCAAGGAGAUCGCGUUCGUGAAAGGACAAAUUGUUACUCUUGAAGAGUCUCUAAAUGUCCAUGAGAUGGAGGCAAAAGCUAACAGAGAGACGAUUGUGAGGCUGGCUUCAGAAGUCCACAGAGAGCAGAGGAAAGCUGCCUCUUGGAAGGAGGAGAAAGACCAGCUGAACCAGGACUUGCUCAGUGCUAUGGAGGCAAAAGAAGCUCUUGAAAGGGAGGUUAAGAUCUUCCAAGAAAGGCUGCUUGCAGGCCAGCGGGCCUGGGACGCCUCCAAGCAGGAGCUGAGCCUCCUGAAGAAAAGCUCUUGUGAGCUGGAGAAGAGUUUGAAGGCCAGCCGCCAGGUGGCCACAGCCUCUGAAAGCCACAAUGCCUGCUUUAGGGAGAAGGUCGCCAGCCUCCUCACGGGCGUAUGGGGCAUGACUGGGUCCACAGAGGACGCCAUUUUGGAGAGGAUUCAAGAAAUGGGCAGCCAGGAAGAGAACUGGAGAAGGAUGGUCUCCCAGCUUGAAGCACAAAGAGCAGAGCUUGUCCAACAGUUGGGAAAGGUGUCUGAGUCUCACCAGGAAGCUCUCCAGAGAGCCCACAGGGCAGAAGACAAGUUGGAGACUCUUCAGGGUCAGCUGACACACCUGGAAGGAGAGCUGGUUUCUGCAGAUGUUUUCCGAGAUAACUCGAAUUUUGAGAAACAAAAACUAAAGACUCAGAAAGAAAGACUGGAGAGCAGAGAACUCCACAUGAACCUCCUCCGGCAGAAAAUAGCGCAGCUGGAGGAGGAGAAGCAGGUGCGCUCAGCCCUGGCCACAGAGAGGGACGAGGCCCAGCUCACCGUCAGGAAGGUUCUCCAGAGAAGUGGAACCAACAGAAUGUGCGUGACGGUGUGCGUGUGCAAGAUUAAAACUUUGGAACAGACCAAAACCAUCGAAGACUUAAAUAAAUCCAGAGACCAGCUGGAGAAGAUGAGGGAGAAAGCGGAGAAGCAGCUCGCGACGGUCAGGGCAGAACUGGACACGGCGGGGCGGGAGGCCAAGGAGGGUAAGGAAAGGGCCAGACACAUGCUGGAAGCAGUGACCAGCGAGAUGAAGACUCUGAGGAGAUCUCUGGAGGACGCAGAAAAGAGAGAAAAGCAGCUGGCGGACUUCAGGGAGGUAGUUUCCCAGAUGCUGGGCUUGAACAUGACCGCUCUUGCUCUUCCUGACUAUGAGAUCAUCAAGUGUCUUGAAAGACUGAUCCAUUUACAUCAGCAUCGCCUUGUUUCCUGUGCCUGCCUCAAAGACAUGACUUCUGGGCAAGACAGGCACCCGCAAGGGCAUUUAAAACUUCUUCAUUGAAUGCUGGUCUCCAGAGGGAGGUGGAACUAAGACAGCACAAUUCCUACUUUCAUAAAUUCCCCAGAUCUGUGAGAUGUGAGCAGCAUGUGAAUAUGGUAUGCUUUAAUGGCCUAGCGAGGUUGCAUCACUGGCAGAAAAGGUCUCAAAGGUGCCAGCCCUCGACAAAUGUUUAGCACUGAAAACACCUAUUAUUCCACUUGCUAACACUUUGAGACUCAGAAUUAUUCCAUUACAUUGCAAUCUAGACUGAGAGAUGGGAGUAGAGAAUUAACAUUGAUGGGGUAUCUUUUUUCAGCUGGGGGUUCACUAGCCAUUUUAAUUCCAUAAUAACCAUAUGGAGAAGCUUUCUUAAAGAGGGCCUCUAGAGACUGCAUGCUAUGGCUUCUACUUUGGAGCCCCUUUUCUGCUGAGUAGAGGAAGCAGUUUCUCUGUGUCCCUGGAGAAGAUCCCCAUGAAUGCAGUCAUGGAUACGUGUGUGUGUGUGUGCGCGCGUGCGCGCACACAUAUGGGAGGGCUCUUUUUGUACAUUUUCUCUGUUUUCCACACAUAAUUUCUAACAAAUUUUAUUUAUCUUCUUUAUAAAUUUAUUUUCUACAGCAUUCAAAGAUAUCUUAAAUAGUACUUAAAAACAUAAAUGUGUUUCUGAGAUUGAUUUAUUACUAAUUAUAUAACAAGAUUCAUGUAAGAGGCUAAAAAUAGUCUAUAGUGGGAAGUACUAUACUUUCUCAGUAGUAUAUGAAAUCAUACUCCAUUUACCUAAAUAUGUUUAUGUAGGAUUUCUACUGUAUGACUCAGUGUAUAUACAAUAAUGUUUAAUAUAAAAGGAAAACAUGUUCAAACCUAAGCUUUAGAGACUUUUAGUGGAAAGGGUAUAUAGAAUAAGAAAAAGAAAUCCUGACUAUGCAUACGGUUCAUAUAAUGGUUGGACAAAUUGCAAACCUGCUAGGAAAGCCAUUUCCUCCUUGUUACGAUGGCAUUGGCUGUGGCCUCUCCCUCGGUGGCCCUCAUUCCAGAGUUGGCAAGCCAGCUUCAUGUUUUUAUGUUCCAUUUGUUGGCCUGUAAUAUCCAUGUAUAUUUUAUGUUGUCCAAUAAAAUGCAUUAGAUUGAUGUGAUUUUUUU